CUGUCUCCCUCUUUAGCCAAACAAGAAAAAAGCUACCAAGAAAACGACGCCGUGGGAGAAGCAAUCACAGUUGAGAAUCCAAAAAUCUAGGGUUUCUUCCACAUCCGAUGGAGACAACGGUGGCGUCGAGCGGCGGUGGCGGUGCAACUGGGAACCUCGAUGAGCAAAUUGCUCAGCUCAUGCAAUGCAAACCCUUGUCCGAACAAGAGGUACGGGUGUUAUGUGAGAAAGCUAAGGAGAUUCUAAUGGACGAGAGCAAUGUGCAGCCUGUAAGAAGCCCAGUGACCAUAUGUGGUGAUAUUCAUGGGCAAUUCCAUGAUCUUGCAGAGCUUUUUCGGAUCGGUGGGAAGUGUCCAGACACAAAUUAUUUGUUCAUGGGAGAUUAUGUUGAUCGAGGAUACUACUCUGUUGAGACAGUAACGCUAUUGGUGGCUCUCAAGGUGCGUUAUCCUCAGCGAAUUACGAUUCUACGAGGAAAUCAUGAAAGUCGCCAGAUUACUCAGGUUUAUGGGUUUUAUGAUGAAUGCCUAAGAAAGUAUGGCAAUGCUAAUGUGUGGAAGACCUUCACAGAUUUAUUUGAUUAUUUUCCUCUUACCGCAUUGGUUGAGUCAGAAAUCUUUUGUCUGCAUGGUGGAUUGUCACCAUCUAUUGAAACUCUUGACAACAUACGGAAUUUUGAUCGCGUCCAAGAAGUUCCUCAUGAAGGCCCCAUGUGUGAUCUUUUAUGGUCUGACCCUGAUGAUCGGUGUGGUUGGGGUAUUUCUCCCAGGGGUGCUGGAUAUACCUUUGGCCAAGACAUAUCAGAGCAGUUCAACCACACAAACAGUUUGAAGCUUAUUGCUAGAGCACACCAGCUAGUUAUGGAGGGAUUUAACUGGGCUCAUGAACAAAAGGUUGUUACUAUCUUUAGUGCACCUAAUUAUUGUUAUCGCUGUGGUAACAUGGCAUCUAUCCUGGAAGUUGAUGACUGCAGGGAUCAUACUUUCAUUCAGUUUGAGCCAGCUCCGAGGCGUGGCGAGCCAGAUGUAACUCGAAGGACACCAGAUUACUUUCUCUGAUGUAGCCAGGAGAAGUUGCUAAAUUCUGUCAGCCAGACACCUGUUAGCUGCUAAUGCAUUGAUGGCUGCUUAGAGGUAUAAGAAUAUAUGGAACUAUUGAUGAUGGGACGCCGCAAAGCACGUAAUGCUUUCUCCAGUUUAGGUAUUAUCCAACUGCCUCGCGGAGACACUGCAAAAGAGGCAGGGGAGCUGGUGGUGCUAUCGCCGCACAUAUUAAUAUUACUGAUGCAAAAGAUGUGAUGUUCUCGUUCCAUUUUUCUGCCUUUCUUUGCCGUAAUUUUGCCUGUUUAUAUCAACAUUUGUAACCUCAUCUUGUAGGAAAUAUUCUGUUAGGGUUGUAGAAGAUAGAUUUUCUGUCCUGUUACUUUUCUUGUGGGUGCUCUUUUAUGUUUUUAUGGAACUACUGCCCUCUCUACUCAUGUUCUUAAGCUUGACCAGAUUCACAUAACGUUUGGUGUAAAAGCAUCUGAAUUGCUGAGAAGAGAAAAUACACAUGGAAGAAUUAUCUUUGUACCCCAACACACUUUUGGUUUAAAUUUUUACUGAGCAAAGUCGCAACGAUGUAACAUGCAUGAUAUAUUUUCAGAUUUUCGUA